UGUCCGGUCGCGGCAAAGGAGGUAAAGGCUUGGGCAAAGGUGGUGCUAAGCGUCAUCGUAAGAUUCUACGCGAUAAUAUCAAGGAAUUACCAAGCCAGCGAUCCGUCGUCUCGCUCGCCGUGGGGUGUAAAGCGAAUUUCUGGACUGAUCUACGAGGAGACACGCGGUGUUCUGAAAGUUUUCCUUGAGAACGUUAUCCGCGAUGCCGUGACCUACACCGAGCACGCCAAGCGUAAGACCGUUACAGCCAUGGACGUAGUAUACGCUCUGAAACGACAAGGACGUACUCUGUACGGUUUUGGGGGUUAG